UCUAUAAAACGUCAAUCAAACAAAAACCAAUGACACACUAAAGUAAAAAGUAAGUAAAAAAUCCUAGUAAAGUAUUUUGGACAAAAAAUUUCUAUAAUAAUAUGCUUUGUACUGAUGAUGAUACAACGGGCCGGAGUUACUAAUUUAUAAAAUACAACAUUAAACUUUAACUUGAAUCAACAAUGGAUGAAAUUGGAAAGAUGAACAAGAAUAAUUAUAUGCCAAUCCACCGGCAGGUCAUACUUGGAAGUUUAUCACGUAUAAUAUCAACGACGCUUCUCAUUCCUCUGGACGUGAUCCAACUGAGGUAUCGCUACCCUGAUACAUGGUGCGCAGAGAUGUUCAGGGUGAUGGUGAAAAGCAAGGAUUGUUCUACUCCCUAUGAAAUGAUGACGGCCACUAAGUUCCGGAAAAGAGUAUAUCGAACUUUACGAUGGGGUGUCUUUUAUUGCCUUUACGAGAGGCACCGAAAUAUUUUUCUAAGGAACUGUAGCUCUAAAGGGCUGAUUCCUUUGUACCAUAAGAAGUACCUGCUAACUGGACGCCCCAUUGUCAUGCAGGCUAUUCGCCUCGAAAACUCGACUGCGGUGCUGGAUUACUUGCAUGAGAGGCGGCGAAUAAGAGACAGAAAACUGAUAUUAAAUUUGGCCAAAGACAUCCGUUCCCACCUCUACUCUGCUUUGAACGGCUUCUUAUUUAACAUGCCUACCUUUAACCUGCCCCCCUCAAACUGGCCGUUUAAUACUGCCGUUACUACAGCUGUAAUAGCAUCAAUGUUGCUGCACCCUCUGGACGUGUUCAAGGUGCGCCUGCAGAUGUACCCGGAGGUGUGGGGCAUCAGCUUGUUGCGCAACAUGCUGCGCUGCGAGGGGAUCCGCGCCCCCUACACCGGGCUGACCGCCAGCAUACUGCGCCAAACCACGUACACUGCUACCAGACUCGGCGCCUAUUACUACAUGUACGAACAUCAGAAGAGGAAAUAUAAUCGUGCCCCGAAUUUUCCGGAGAAACUGGCCAUAGGCAUGUAUGCUGGAGUUCUGGGUGCGUUCGUGGGCUGUCCCUCGGAGAUAGUCCUCGUCCGCAUGAUGGCAGACGGCCCAGUGGAUCCCUUCAGACGAUACAAGGGACCUGUGGAUGCAUUUGUCAAGAUAUGGAAGUCGGAGGGAUUCAACACAUUCUGGCGCGGCACCCUCCUCACAAUGUCUCGAUCAGUCGUCAUCAGUGUAGCACAAAUUGGAACGUACGCCCAGGCACGAAAUUUUUUAGUAGAGAAAAAGCGAGCCCAUGGUUUCCUACUCCACCUGUAUACGUCGAUGUUGGCAAGUCUGGUCACUGCUAUAUUGACAUUACCGUUGGAUACCUUCAAGACGAGGUACCAGGUAUCGAGUAACGAAUCCCAUCGAGAGGUGUACCACAAGUUCAGACAGGAGACCGGAGUGCUGGGGCUAUACAGGGGGUUCACUCCUUACUACGUGAGACUCACAGUACACACACUGAUCACAUUUUACUUAUUGGAAUUGUUAUUUGAAGUACAUCGAAAUAAAAAGAAGCGAGUAGUAGAAAAGUGAAAAUUUUUGUUGUCACGUCUUGAAGAAAAUAUUUAUCGUUGUAAACUAUUUAGGCUGGCUAUCGUGUUGUAAAUGUCGCGUGGUCUGUUAGAAACUUAAUAAACGAAAUGGUUGUGGAUUUGAAUCUUGAACCGAAGAGCUGAUGAAUUUAGUAAUAUUUUGGAAAUUGACUCAUAGGCCUUUUUAGGCUAGGGACGGAUGGUCAACAAUACCUACCUAGGUAUUGUUGAUAUUUAGGGCACUUGAAGGUUCGAAUGCCCUAAAUAUCUCCCUAGAAUUUUUCGGCAAUAAGCUCGAUGGAAUGAUUGAGAAUAAAUCCAGAAUUUCGUUUAUUUUGUACCGUCUUUGUAUUUGCUACUGAAUUUGUGACUUGUAUACCGAAGGACAAUGUUAGCUGCAUAAAAACUAGUACUAAGUCGAAACCUCGUUGAUUUUAUUAAAAUAAAACAUUGUAUUUUGUUAAAA